AUGAAAAUUUACUUUCAAUUUUUUGUUUUUCUCGUUUUUGUUAGCAGCGGUCUGACAGAAGACGAAGAGGAUCCUGCCGAAAAGAUUAAAACUGCUCUGGCUAAAGUUAAAAAGAAACAGCUAGACUUGGCGAAGGAAGUGGUGCAAGCUCAGCAGGCUUUGCUGGAAAUCCAACAAGAACUGGAACUUCAGCUGGCGGUGUUGUUAGAAGUGGAUCUGAAAAGCUUAGUGAAGGUGUGA